UACGAUGAGUCCUCACCAUCGCCACACUCUCCUUGGCUACUUGGCUUGAUAUCGUGCGGAUCCUGCAAUCAUGCCACGUCCGACAGUCGUCGAUAAGCACUUCGACUCCACAGGGGCGUCAAACGAUCUUCCGACCAACGAAGACCAACACCCUUUCACGACCUUGCGCAGACGAGAGCGCGCAGACAGCAAUGACGAGUCUAGCGAGCAAGAUGAAGACACCAAACCGGUCCCAUUCGAUCCGACUCUUCUUCCCAAGGGAUCCCGCGACCUCUCCUUCAUCGGCGUCCAAGCCUUCUUCCUGGGAACCGUCUUUGCAAGCUGUGCCAUCGGGGCUAUCUACUUUCUUAGCAUUGGCUCGACCUUGUGGAGGCUGCCAAUCUUCUUCGUGUGUCUAAGCAUUUUCCAUUUCCUGGAGUACUACACGACAGCACGGUACAACGUGCCAGCGUGUCGAGCAUCCAGCUUCCUGCUAUUCAACAACGGCAGUGCCUAUGCAUCUGCACACGGCGCGGCCUCAAUCGAGAUUGCGAUUUCGGCACUCUUUCCAGCCUACCAAAGCUGGCUAGUCCGUUCGUGGACCAUUACUGCAGGUCUGAUAGCGAUCAUUGUUGGACAGAUCGUUCGAAGCAUCGCGAUGAAGCAGGCCGGUACAAACUUCAACCACAUCGUGGCAACGGAGCGGAAGGAAACACAUCAAUUGGUGACUAGCGGGAUUUAUGGAUAUCUCCGACAUCCGAGCUACUUCGGAUUCUUCUGGUGGGCUCUCGGUACCCAAUUUCUCGUUGGGAACAAAGUGUGUGCUGUGGGUUAUGCUGUUGCACUUUGGAGCUUCUUCAACAAGCGCACCUUCGUCGAGGAGAAGUUCUUGGUCAAUUUCUUUGGGAAGCAGUACGAAGAAUACAAGAAACGAACUGGAACCAUGAUCCCUUUCAUUCGAUAG